CUUGGAAAUGGAUGAAUUCUACCUCUCUGGCUUCAGGUAAAGCCUACCUGAAGGGGAGGCAGCCGUCUCUUCUCCCAGCCGCUUCUCCGCCACCCAGUUUUCUGCUGGUUUCCAUUCUGUUGGAGGAAGGGGAGGGGGAGAGGAAAUUAAGAGAUUGGAACUUGGCUCAAACCUAGAUUGAGUCACUACUCUGCGGACAGUGGCUUCCUUCGGGAUUCUUGAACUUCAGGCAUCAGGAAGGAAAGCCCAAGGGGCCAGCUUGGCCUGACCUUUGGGCAGGUCUUCUCGGAACCAGUAGCUGUGAAAAGCUGAAAGGAUGGCGCGGCUCUUUGCUCUGACCUCAGUGCCGAUGGUGGUGGUGGUGGUGACCUUCUGGGUCAUCACAGCUGCAGCCAAAGACACCUCAGAAGCUAGAAGUUGCUCUGAAUGCCACAGCAACGCCACUUGCAUGGAGGCAGGGGCUGCUACCACGUGCUCCUGCAAAGAGGGCUUCACUGGUGACGGCCUGGAGUGCGUGGACCUGGACGAAUGCGCCAACCCGGAGGCGCACAACUGCUCGGGGGACAGCCGUUGCGUGAACAUGCCGGGCUCCUACGUGUGCGCAUGUGCCCAGGGCUUCCGCCUGACACCCGAGCUCGGCUGUACCGACGUGGACGAGUGCGCGGAGCCGGGGCUCAGCGGCUGUCAUCCUCUGGCCACCUGCAUCAAUGGCCACGGCAACUACUCGUGCGUGUGCCCCGCGGGCUACUGGGGGGACGGGUGGCUCUGUGAGUGCUCCCCGGGCUCCUGUGGGCCCGGGCUGGACUGCAUGGCCCAGGGCGAGGCGCUCGUGUGUACCGAUCCGUGCCAGGCGCACCGCACCCUGGACCAGUACUGGCGCAGCUCCGAGCACGGGGUGGGCUACACCUGCGACACGGACCUGCUCGGCUGGUACCGCUUCGUGGGCCGUGGCGGCGUGCGCCUGGCCGAGACCUGCGUGCCCACCCUGCACUGCAACACGGCCGCGCCCAUGUGGCUCAACGGCACGCAUCCGUCCAGCGACGAGGGCAUCGUGAACCGCAGGGCCUGCGCGCACUGGAAUGGCGACUGCUGCCUGUGGGAUGCGCCCGUCCAGGUGAAGGCCUGUGCCGGCGGCUACUACGUCUACAACGUGACGCCGCCGCCCGAGUGCCAUCUGGGGUACUGCACAGACCCCAGCUCCGUGGACGGGACGUGUGACGAGUGCAGUGUAGAAGAGGAAUGCAUCUCGGACAACGGCAGGUGGCGCUGCCAGUGCAAAGAGGACUCCAACCGUACCAGCACCGAGCUCUCCCUCCUGGAGUACAGGCUGGAGUGUGGGGCCAACGACAUCAAAGUGUCCCUGAGCAAGUGCCAGCUGAAGAGCCUGCACUUUGAGAAGGUCUUCAUGUACCUGCGUGACAGCCAGUGCUCAGGCUUCACUGAGAGGGGUGACCGGGUGUGGAUGUCUGUGGUGACCCCGGCCAGGGAUGGCCCCUGUGGGACAGUGAUGACGAAGAAUGAAACGCAUGCCACGUACAGCAACACCCUCUACCUGGCAGAUGACAUCAUCGUCCGUGACGUGGACACCCACAUCAACUUCGGGUGCUCCUACCCGCUGGACAUGAAAGUCAGCCUGCAGAGCUCCCUGCAGCCGAUGGUCAGCACCCUGAACAUCAGCGUGGGCGGGACCGGCCUGUUCACCGUGCGGAUGGCGCUCUUCCAGGGCCCCGCCUACACGCGGCCCUACGAAGGCUCCUCCGUGACCCUGUCCACCGAGGCCUUUCUCUAUGUGGGCGCCGUGCUGGAUGGGGGCGACCUGUCUCGCUUCGCACUGCGGCUGACCAACUGCUACGCCACGCCCAGCGGCGUCUCUACUGACCCCCUGAAGUACUUCAUCAUCCAGGACAGUUGUCCACGUGCUGAGGACGCCACCAUCCAGGUGGUAGAGAACGGGGAGUCUCCUCAGGGCCGGUUUGCAGUCCAAAUGUUCCGAUUUGCGGGGAACCACGACCUGGUCUACCUACACUGUGAAGUAUAUCUCUGUGACACCAGGAAUGAAAAGUGCAAACCCACCUGCUCCAGGACCAGAUCCCAAAGUAGGGGCGUCACAGACCAAACCCAUGUCCUGAACUUGGGUCCCAUCAUGCGGAAAGGUGUCCAGGCCACAGUCUCGAGCGCUGCUUCCACCAGUCUGGGGCUCCUGAAGGUCUGGCUGCCUCUGCUGCUCUCGGCGACCCUGCCCCUGAUGGCGCAGUGAUCGGCAGACGGAAACCCUGUGCUCCGUGGCUGUGAGUCACUUCCUACUGGCUGGGGAGGCGACGCAGGCCAGGGCUGCAGCCACAGAAAGGGGGCUCACACUGGAAUCAACCUGCUCCUGUUUUCUCCCCUUUCAUUCCCGCUCCUCCAAAGCAGCCUGUCCUUUUAAAUGCUGCCUUCUCUCAAAACGGGGCUUGUGAUGUGUCUGCACACGAGGCCCCUGUCUCCUUAAAGACGGUGGCAAAAUAAUAGUAAUUUUA